GCAAAAAGUUGCGAAUCGCUUAAACACUCCCACAACCACUAACUACUCCCCACCACUCUCUCCAACCACUCUCUCCUCGCACCGCCACACACUUCCGGGACGACAAUGUGGUCAAAAGUUGGCAUUAGCGGCGCCUUGCUGGUCAUGGGUGGCGUCCUCUACUCCAGCGUUGUGGACAACUUUGCUUACGUGGACCGCUCCCUGGACACGGCCAUGCCCAAGGCGAAGCGCCAUGUGGCCAAGGAAUGAGUGCCGGUCGCGAAUUCUGCGGGUGUGUGUGUAUGUGUAUGUGUGUGUGUGAGCCGCAGUGUGCCGUUAUGAACAAGGGCCGAUGACGUAUUUCUAAAACAAAACGAGACAAAAACAGUGUAAUGAUUUAUUUUUUGUGUAUUUUUUUUUCUCUAAUUAUAAUCUGUUGCAAACUAUAAUAUUUAUAGACCAGACUAUAUAUAUAUGUGUACAUAUAAUAAAAUAAUAUUUAUGUUUGAACAUUGACGAA